CCUCUUCCCCCUCCCUUUCCCCCGGGACUUUGAUGCCUGGAUUCCGGCCUGUUUCCAGGAGAGCAGCGGAACUUACGAACUACAUGUAACAAAAAGAACGUGGGCUGGAGCGUAGCGCCCAGAACAGAACCCACCUACCCAGUAGCAAGAGCAGCGGUGCUCCGACCACCCCGCCCGCCUGGGCACCCCCACUCGGCUGCUGUCUCCUCCCUCUUGGAGGCAGAGGGGUGGGAUUUUUUUUUUUUUUUCAUCCACCACGUUUGCAAAUUUUGCAGCAGCCCUGGGACAGGCCGCACGGCGCUUGGAGGCCGGGAAUCGCUCGCAGGGCCUCUCGGAUUCCCCCCACUCUCCGCCCUCCCUUCUUUUCCCUCUCGCGGCAUGGCGGGCUUGGGGAUGCUGCCCAGGCGGUGGAGGCACCGCUGCUGCUCGCUGCUGCUGCCCGCCCUGCUGGUGAGCUGGGUGGCGUGCCAGGCUCCGCCGGUGCCGGCCGGGGAGCAGCCCUGGGACAGGCAGGACGUGCACAUCGAGCGCAGCUUCGUGCCGGAGCAGUGUGCGCGCACGGUGCGCAGCGGGGACUUCGUGCGCUACCACUACCACGGCACCUUCCCCGACGGCAGCAAGUUCGACUCCAGCUAUGACAGGGGUUCCACAUUCAAUGCGUUUGUGGGAAAAGGUCAGCUUAUUGCAGGGAUGGACAAAGCUCUGGUUGGAAUGUGUGUGAACGAAAGACGUUUUGUGAAAAUUCCACCCAAGCUUGCCUAUGGGAGUGAAGGAGUUUCUGGUGUAAUCCCCCCAAAUGCAGUGCUUCAUUUUGAUGUACUUCUGAUAGAUCUCUGGAAUUCUGAAGAUGAGGUUCAAAUUCAAACUUAUAUGAAGCCUGAAAAAUGUACUCGGACAAUCCAGGUGUCUGACUUUGUAAGAUACCAUUACAAUGGAACUUUCUUGGAUGGGACUCUGUUUGACUCAAGCCACAAUCGGAUGAAAACUUAUGACACAUAUGUGGGAAUUGGAUGGCUGAUUCCUGGGAUGGACAAGGGACUCCUAGGAAUGUGUGUAGGAGAAAAGCGCAUUAUCACAAUACCUCCUUACCUAGCAUAUGGAGAAGAAGGAGAUGGUAAAGAGAUUCCUGGUCAGGCUUCUCUGGUUUUUGAUGUGGCUCUACUAGAUCUUCAUAACCCAAAAGAUGGCAUCACUAUUGAGAACCAACAAGUGCCUGAAUCCUGUGAGCGAAAAAGCCAGACUGGGGACUUUCUCAGAUAUCACUAUAAUGGCACACUGCUGGAUGGCACAUUAUUUGAUUCCAGCUAUUCCCGGAACCAUACAUAUGACACCUACAUUGGGAAAGGUUAUGUGAUCGCAGGGAUGGAUGAAGGUUUGCUUGGGGUAUGCAUUGGGGAAAAGAGAAGAAUAAUAAUUCCACCUCAUCUUGGAUAUGGAGAAGAAGGAAGAGGAAAGAUUCCAGGAUCUGCAGUACUGGUUUUUGACAUCCAUGUGAUUGACUUCCAUAACCCUUUGGACUCUGUCAACAUUACAACUCAUUACAAACCUUCCAAUUGCACAGUAUUGAGUAAGAAAGGAGAUUACUUGAAGUACCACUACAACGCCUCACUUCUGGAUGGCACAUUGUUAGAAUCAACGAUUAGUCUUGGUAAAACGUAUAAUAUAGUUCUGGGAUCUGGACAGGUUGUUUUGGGGAUGGACAUGGGUCUUAGAGAUAUGUGCGUUGGAGAGAGACGAACAGUAGUUAUUCCGCCCCAUCUUGGUUAUGGAGAAGCUGGUGUUGAAGGAGAAGUUCCUGGUAGCGCGGUAUUAGUUUUUGACAUCGAACUACUGGAACUAGUGUCUGGUUUACCUGAUGGCUACAUGUUUGUCUGGCAUGGUGAUGUCUCUCCAAAUCUCUUUGAAGAAAUUGACAAGGACAAUAAUGGAGAAGUUUUUCUGGAGGAGUUUUCAGAAUACAUUCAAGCUCAGGUUGAUUCCGGCAAAGGAAAAUUAGCUCCUGGCUUUGACUCUGCAAAGAUUGUUAAAAAUAUGUUCACAAAUCAGGACCGAAAUGGAGAUGGCAAGAUUACAGCUGAAGAAUUCAAACUGAAAGACCAAGAGACCACAGAGGGACAUGAUGAACUGUAAAACAAAACAAAAAAAGAACAGUGUGUCAGUGUGACACAGUACUGUCACUAUGUGUGUACUGGAAGUUUAAAGUACUGUAUGUGUGUGUUUGAAGGGAUGGUAUUUGGGAAAGGUGUUUGCACACAUGAAGAGUUGUAUAUAUGGUGGUGUAUGUGGAGUGGGUUAUUACACAAGAGAAGGUUUUCAGCUAGAAUGAGUAGUUAAUUACCAAAAAAAAAACCCAUUAAGGGCCUCAGUGUGGGAUUUAUAAAGUGAUUGAGUGUACUGACAAACAUGGUUGUGUGAACAAUAUGAUUAAUUUUUAUGCUUAGAAUCACGAUUUUAUUAUUGAAUGAUGUACUUCACUUGGUUGGAUGAAAAGCAGAAAAUAUACAAUUGUUUUAGUUCUUUUAAAAAGCCUUUUUGUAUUUAAUUAUUCUACAGGUAUGUAAAUAAACAGAAAAACGUGUCCCACUAGCAUACUUGCAAAAUAACAAAAUUGCUGCAUUAACAGAUUAGAGAGUGGCUGGUAGUAUCCAUUUUAGAAAGCAUGUAUUCUUUUCAAUAACUGAACAAGCCUUUUUAAGAAUCACCAGUAGGAGCUAUGAUUUGCAGAUUACAAACAAAUACAUUAUUAAACAUACCUGUGAAUAAAAUGAAUCUUUUAAGUUGU